GUUCAAAAAAAAUAAUUGUUGGGUGCACAUGCAAUUCCUCUAGUAUUUUCUUUCAUUCAUGACUUUUGGUUUUUAGCUUGUCUCCAUCGUAUAACCUUCAUUGCCAGCAAAUUUAAACCUCAACCUAUCUGCACAGAGACAACAAGAAUCCGGUAAGGGAAAAGAAAGGCUGAAUUUUGAGACGAAUUUUGUCUUCAGUCAAUGUUAUCACCUUGCUUAGCUUUCACAACCACCAGACCUCCAUAUAAAACACCAUCAUCUGCGGCAAUCUCGCUCACCCUCCUCAAAUCCACCGCACAGCUCAAACCAGCAUCAAGGGGAGCAACAAAACCCACCGAGGCUACCGGCAUUUGCAGAGUGGGGAAGAGAGAAAACCCAGAAAGUACCCUUCUUGCUUCAUCUUCUUCCGCUUCUGGGUGGUCGACGUCGGCUAAGAUGGUGGUGGUUGAUCGCUACUUUCUCGGGACUCUCUUUGCAUCUCUCUUUGCCUUUGUUCUUCUAUGCGGUUUGCGGUACAAUAAUAGAAAGAGGAAGAUCAAGGAGCCGAAGGCAUUCCAGAUCUACACUCCGAGAUGUCAGAGCUCUGAAAAAAGAGAACGCUCUGCAGAUACAGUCUCCGGCACUGAUGUAAUAAUCGUCGGUGCUGGAGUUGCUGGUGCUGCUCUUGCUCAUACUCUUGGCAAGGAGGGAAGGCGUGUUCAUGUGGUAGAAAGAGACUUGACUGAGCCUGAUAGAAUUGUUGGUGAACUGCUUCAGCCAGGAGGAUAUCUUAAAUUAAUUGAAUUAGGCCUUGAAGAUUGUGUGAAGGAUAUUGAUGCACAGCGAGUGCUUGGAUAUGCUCUCUUCAAGGAUGGGAAAAAUACUAGACUAUCAUAUCCCUUGGAAAAUUUUCAUUCGGAUGUUGCUGGAAGGAGCUUUCACAAUGGUCGCUUCAUUCAGAGGAUGAGGGAAAAAGCUGCUACUCUUCCCAACGUACGACUAGAACAAGGAACAGUGACAUCCCUCCUUGAAGAAAAUGGGACAAUCAAGGGUGUACAAUACAAAACUAAGGAUGGUCAAGAACUAAGAGCUUAUGCUCCUCUAACAAUUGUAUGUGAUGGUUGCUUCUCAAAUUUGCGUCGGUCUCUUUGCAAUCCCAAGGUAGAUGUGCCCUCUUGGUUUGUUGGCCUGGUCUUGGAGAACUGUGAACUCCCAUUUGCAAAUCAUGGUCACGUUAUUCUAGCAGACCCUUCUCCCAUUUUGUUUUAUCCAAUCAGUAGUACAGAAGUCCGCUGCCUUGUUGAUGUCCCCGGCCAGAAAGUACCUUCAAUUGCUAAUGGUGAAAUGGCCAAUUAUUUAAAGGCAAGGGUGGCACCACAGCUUCCACCCGAGCUUCAUGAUGCCUUCAUAUCUGCAAUUGAUAAAGGUAACAUCAGAACCAUGCCAAAUAGAAGCAUGCCGGCUGAUCCCCAUCCUACUCCUGGUGCCCUCUUAAUGGGUGAUGCUUUCAAUAUGCGUCAUCCUCUAACUGGGGGUGGAAUGACUGUGGCCCUGUCUGAUAUUGUUGUUCUACGGGAUCUUCUUAGGCCUCUGUGUGACCUUAAUGAUACAGCUUCCCUAAGCAAAUAUCUUGAAUCAUUUUACACAUUGCGCAAGCCUGUGGCAUCCACAAUAAAUACUCUGGCUGGUGCCUUAUACAAGGUGUUCUCUGCUUCCCCUGAUCAAGCAAGGAAGGAAAUGCGCCAAGCCUGUUUUGACUACUUAAGCCUUGGAGGUGUCUUUUCAUCAGGACCAGUGGCUUUACUUUCUGGUCUAAACCCCCGCCCAUUGAGUUUGGUUCUUCAUUUCUUUGCUGUGGCAAUAUUUGGAGUUGUUCGCCUGCUAGUCCCAUUUCCUUCACCUAAACGGAUGUGGAUUGGAGCUAGGUUAAUUUUGAGUGCAUCUGGUAUUAUUUUCCCCAUAAUCAGGGCAGAGGGAGUGAGGCAGAUGUUUUUCCCUGCCACAGUUCCAGCAGUAUAUAGAGUUCCUCCUGUUAAUUGAUUUGUUCCAUCAAGCUACCUCUAGGUUUUGUAGCUCCAAGAGAAACCAGGCUUAGGGUGCAUCCUCUUCACUUAAAAUGAUGAGUGCAUGUUAAGUGCAUAAUGCUUCAGAUGACCUGUACACACAUUGUAGAAUUGAGACUUGAGAUGACUGCAUACUGUCCAUUAAUUGUAUGAACAGAAAUCCGAUCGAACUUCUUGAAUAUGAAUAGAAAGAAAACUUUAUU